AUGCGUGAAGUUAUCUCUCUCCAUAUUGGACAAGCUGGCGUUCAGAUUGGCAACGCGUGUUGGGAGCUGUACACACUCGAGCAUGGCAUGACACCGGACGGUCGCAUAACCGAAGUAAAACCCGGUAGCGACCAUACCAGCUUUUUCUCUGAAACCAACUCUGGGAAACAUGUCCCUCGCUCUCUCUAUGUCGACCUUGAGCCCGGUGCUAUCGAUGAUGUCAAGACUGGUCCGUACAGGUCAUUGUUCCAUCCCGAGACGAUGAUUUCUGGCAAGGAAGACGCAGCCAACAACUAUGCCCGCGGCCACUACACCGUCGGGAAGGAGAUGAUCGACCCAGUGAUGGACAGGAUCCGUCGCCUGGCAGACAACUGCUCCGGCCUGCAGGGAUUUUUCGUCUUCCACUCAUUUGGCGGUGGAACAGGUUCAGGGUUCGGCGCGCUGGUCCUUGAGCGCCUCUCGGCAGACUAUGGCAAGAAGUCCAAGUUGGAGUUUUGUGUAUACCCCGCGCCUCAGCUGUCGAGUUCCAUCGUCGAGCCGUACAACUCUGUGCUUACGACGCACACGACGCUCGAGCAUUCGGAUUGCUCGUUUUUAGUCGACAACGAAGCGAUUUACGACAUCUGCAAGACGAGGUUGGGCGUUUCGCUGCCGAGCUUCACGAACUUGAACAGACUGAUCGCGCAGGUGGUCUCGUCCGUGACCGCGUCGCUGCGCUUUGGCGGGUCCAUGAACGUCGACCUUGCUGAGUUCCAGACGAACCUCGUGCCGUUCCCGCGCAUCCACUUCCCUGUCGCCUCGUUUGCGCCGCUGCUGUCCACGGAGAAGGCACACCACGAGCAAAACUCCGUUGCAGAGAUGACGUUCUCGUGUUUCGAGACGGGGAACCAGAUGGUCAAGUGCGACCCAAAGGAGGGCAAGUACAUGGCGUGCGGCCUCUUCUACCGCGGCGACGUCGUACCCAAGGACGUACAGGCCGCCGUCGCGACCAUCAAGACGAAGAAGACCAUCCAGUUCGUGGACUGGUGCCGGACGGGCUUCAAGCUGGGAGUCUGUAAUGAGCCUUCGGCGUGCGUGCCCGGCGGCGACCUUGCCCGCACGACACGCAGCUUGUGCAUGCUGUCAAAUACCACGUCCAUUUCCGCCGCUUGGAGCCGACUUGAUUACAAGUUUGACCUGAUGUAUUCGAAGCGCGCCUUCGUUCAUUGGUACGUCGGUGAGGGCAUGGAAGAGGGUGAAUUUUCGGAAGCUCGCGAAGACCUUGCCGCGCUCGAGAAGGACUAUGAGGAGGUAGGUCUGGACUCCCCGGAGGACGAAGAGCAAGGGGUUGAGUAUUAG